AUGAAAUUACUCACUUUGAACAUGUGGCUCAUCAAUUCACUCUCCUUCAAAAAAUCUCCUCCACCAUUUAAGAAGGAACGAACGGAAGGAUUUCUAAAACAUUUAGCGAAUGGUUUUGAUGAAUUUGAAAAUUGUAUUUCAGAAGAGGAAAUCUUGAUCCAAUCUUCAAAUGAUUCCGAGAGUUGUGAUGAUCAUGCCAUUUCAACAGACAUAGAAUCAUCGUUUGUACUUGUUGAACGGAAAAUUCCGAAAGAAAAGCAACAAAAAUCAGACAAGACAAAGGCUCACAAAAUGUUUGAUGUGGUUGUCUUGCAAGAGGUUUUUAGAUAUGGAAAUACUUUUUUUGAGUUGUUUGAAAAUACAUUUCAUGAAAUGAUUGUAAAGAAGGGAACCAAUGAAUUGAAUUAUCAUGUCGCUUUGUCAGAUCCUCCAUAUCCUUUAUGUCAAGACUCUGGACUGCUAAUUUUGAGCAAAUAUCCCAUCGUAUGUUCCAAAAAUUACGUUUUUCAAAACACCAGUUGGAACGAUUAUGUGACAGGUAAAGGAGUUCUGUAUGCCAAAAUCCACAGUCCACACGAGGGUGUUAUUCAUCUUUUUACGCUUCAUAUGGAUGCUCAUGACGAAAAUAUUCGACGAAGCCAAGUGGAUGAAUUGAUAGCAUUUAUUAGAGAUUGCACAUAUAUUUCAUACGCAAAAAGAAAGCAUACCAGUUCACAUCAACAGAAUUUGACAAAACACAAUAUAGUAUUAGCUGGAGAUUUUAAUAUUGACAGUUUAGUGGAUUUAGAAAUUUAUGAAUAUUUGAUGAACGAGCUCAAUUCAAAAAUUUGUAAAAACUACAUUCAAGAUUGUGAAUUCAAAGAUAUUUUCGGGAGUGAUCUUACAAAGCAUCCAAAAACUCACAGGAAUAUGUGUUUGGAUCACAUCAUUUACACUGUGCCCACUAGUUCCAAUGAUUUGAUUUUCAAUCCAUUUGCUUCUCGAGGGCGCAAAAAGUCUUCAAGAGAGCCAAACACAGUGGAAUCAACACAAACUUAUCAUAUUGUAGAUUGGAAUUGCGAUAUUGGGAAUGAUGAAAAGUAUCCCAUAUCUGACCACUUUGGAAUUGCUACUGACCUCAAAUUGUGA